AGCCUAGAGCUUUCCCCUGAUCUAUCAGCCUUUUGAAACUGAGGAGGACCUGCCACCUAGCUUGUUUGAGAAGGAUUGUAUUGACAGCAACUAAUUACGGCUCAUCUCUUGAUGGAAAGGAGUUAAGCAUUUGUGAUGAUUCUCUCCAUGUUGUUGGUUUUUCUCUCCCUCAUUCACAGUGCUUUGCAGCUACUGGAUAAUGAAAUAUUUUUAAUCUAUAAUGAAGACCUCAAGCACUGUGUGCAAGCUCACAGUUCUAGAUCUGUCACAACUGCCUCUUGCAACCAGGACACUGAGUCACAAAAAUUCAGGUGGGUGUCUGACCACCAGCUGAUGAGUGUAGCAUUACGGCUAUGUUUGGGAGUGCCUUCAAAGAAAGACCAGGUGAUGGUUACUCUGUAUCCUUGUAAUAAAACAAGUGAACUCCAACAGUGGGAAUGCAGAAAUGAGACCCUUCUUGCAAUCAAAGGAGAAGAUUUUUUUUUUAACUCUGGCAGCAGAGAAAAAGGAAAUAUGAUGCUACAGAAGGAACCAAGUGUGACGAGUAAGUGGAAGAUCUAUGGAGCCAUGGAUGAUUUGUGUUCUCAGGGCUAUGAAGAUUUAUUUACACUGCUAGGAAAUGCCAAUGGGGCACCCUGCGUCUUCCCUUUCAAGCUGAGUGGCAAAUGGUAUGCUGAGUGUACAGAUGCUGCAAGGUCAGAUGGCUGGCUUUGGUGUGCAACAACAGCAGACUUUGACACAGACCAAUUGUAUGGAUUUUGCCCAUUAAAAUCUAAUGAAACUAGCAGAUUCUGGACUACGGACCCCUUGACAGGCAUUCACUACCAGAUAAACUUCCAAUCAGCUCUAACAUGGCACCAAGCACGGAAGAGCUGCCAGCAACAGAACGCAGAAUUAUUAAGUAUUACAGAGAUACAUGAGCAAAUGUAUCUAAGAGAUUUGAUUGGCAAGAUGAGGUCUGCUCUCUGGAUUGGACUUAACAGUCUGAAUUUCAACAGUGGAUGGCAAUGGAGUGGUGGCAGCCCUUUUAGAUAUCUAAACUGGGCUCCAGGAAGCCCUUCUCUGGAGUCUGAGAAAAUCUGUGCAGUACUAAAUCCUAGAAGAGAUGCUAAAUGGGAAAACCGUGAAUGUGAUCAGAAAGUUGGCUAUAUUUGUAAAAAGGAAAACUCCACUUUGAAUUCUUCCAUUCUUCCUUCAGAGCUCUCUGCUUCUAGUAAAUGCCCAGAAGGUUGGUUACCAUACACAGAUUACUGUUAUGUGAUCCAUAGGGAUCCCAAAGUGUGGAAAGAAGCCUUGACUUCCUGUAGAAAGGAGGGUGGUGAUCUGGCCAGUAUCCACAACAUUGAAGAGCACAGCUUUAUAGCUUCUCAACUUGGGUACAAGCCAACUGAUGAGCUGUGGAUUGGUUUAAAUGACCUCGGGAUUCAAAUGUAUUUUGAAUGGAGUGAUAAGAUGCCUGUGACAUACACCAAGUGGCUCCAGGGAGAACCAACCUAUGCAAACAGCAGACAAGAAGAUUGUGUUGUUAUGAAAGGACAGGAUGGAUACUGGGCAGACAAUGUUUGUGAUAAGAAAUGUGGAUACCUUUGCAAAAAAAAUCUAUUGCAAGACACUCCUAGAACAGCGGAGCACAUUGAUCCUGGCUGCCAGAAAGGCUGGAAAAGUCAUGGUUUUUACUGUUACUUGAUUGGACAUGCAUUUGUAACAUUUUCAGAGGCAAAGAAAACCUGUGAAAGGAGCAAAGGCUAUCUAACAACUGUUAAAGACAGGUAUGAGCAAGCCUAUCUGACUAGUCUGAUUGGGCUGAGGCCUGAAAAAUAUUUCUGGAUCGGUCUUUCAGAUGUAGAGAAACAAGGGACUUUCAAGUGGAGCGACGGUGAAGCAGUUCUCUACACUCACUGGAGUCCAGCAAUGCCAGGGAGAAAGCCAGGAUGUGUGGCAAUGACAACCGGAAGUGAAGCUGGAUUAUGGCAUGUUCAGGAGUGUGAAGAAAAGGCAAAAUUUCUCUGCAAACAACCAGUUGACGGAACGACCCUACAGCAUCCUAUUCCAGAAAAAAUGUCUGAUUCUAAAUGCCCUACAGGUUGGCAUUCAAACAAUAACAUCAGUUCAUGUUUCAAACUUUUUGUAAGAGAAGGAAACAAAAAGAAAUCAUGGCUUGAAGCUCGAGAUUUUUGUAGAGCAAUAGGAGGCGAUCUGGCUGCCAUCACUAGUGAAGAAGAAGAACAAGUGAUACAGCGUUCAAUAAUGGACAAAGGACUGUCUUUUCGUCCUUUCUGGAUUGGUUUAAUUUGCCUGGAUCCUGAUGAGGGCUUUCGCUGGAGCAAUGACUCUCCAAUCAAAGAGCUUUGUAAUAUACAUGGCAGUAUUAAAUUAAAAUCAAAUCUUUGUGUUCAGAUUUUAAGAAACGGCAAAAAGGAGUCAUAUUUCAUUGGUUUAAUUCUGAGUGUUGAUCAACAGUUUAUUUGGAUGGAUGGAAGCCCAGUGCACUAUGUAGCUUGGGCAAAGAAUGAGCCAAACUAUGCGAAUGCUGAAGAAAAUUGUGUGGCCAUGCAUACAAAUUUUGGUUUAUGGAAUGAUGUCAACUGUGGCCAUUCAAAUGCCUUUAUCUGUGAAAGGCAUGGUAAUACUAUAAACUCAACAGUUGCACCUGCUCCUCUCGGAGGGUGUCCUGAAACAUGGCAUUUAUUUAAAAAUAAGUGUUACAAAGUUUUUGGCUCUAGAAAUGAAGAUAGAGUAAUGUGGAUUCCUGCUCGUAGAACUUGUGUAAAGUUUGGUGGAAACCUGGCUAGCAUACCUGAUGAAAAAGUGCAAGCUUUCCUCACUUACCACUUAAAAGAUGCCCGUACUGAUACCUGGAUUGGAUUGAAUGAUAUAAAUUCCGAGCUCCAUUUUGUUUGGACCGAUGGGAGUGGGGUUUAUUACACAAACUGGAUUACAGGUUCACCAAUAGUUGGAGAAAUCACCCUAUACGAUUCUUUGCGACCAGAGACUGGUCACAAUCUGCUUCAGUUUGAUUGUGUUGCUAUGAAAACGCAUCCUAUUGAUAAGAUAGGGCAAUGGAAGGACGAACCGUGUUAUGAAGACAGAGGAUUUAUAUGCCAGAUGGACAGUGACCCUAAACUGCCUCAUUCCCCAACAAGUCCAGCCUCUAACUUUACCCGUUGUGGUGAUAGUAGCUAUUUAGUCAUCCGUUCCAAAAUGAAAUGGGAAGAGGCACGACAAAACUGCAAAGACAAAUCCUCAGAACUUGCCAGUAUUUUAGAUCCCUACAGCCAAUCAUUUAUGUGGCUCCAAGUGUUAGAAUAUGGAGAACCUGUAUGGAUUGGUCUUAAUAGCAAUGUGACCAACCGCAAUUAUCAAUGGAUUGAUAAAUGGAGAAUGGAAUAUUCUAAGUGGGCCAGUCAUGAGCCAAAGCAGACAAUAGCCUGUGUCUAUCUAGACCUUGAUGGAGCCUGGAAGACAGCAUCUUGUGAUCAAAACUACUUCUCUGUCUGUAAACAGUCUGAUGUUAUGGCUCCUACUGAUUCUCCACAACUCUCUGGAAAAUGCCCUGAAUCAGAGGAGCACAGAUCUUGGGUUCAUUUCCGCAGUCAUUGCUAUUACAUUGAGUCCUCAUAUACAAGAAACUGGGCCCAGGCUUCCCAAGAAUGUACUCAAUUAGGUGCUACAUUGACUUCUAUAGAAGACCAUGCUGAAUCCAACUUCCUUUUACAUAGUUUAAAGCCGCUUAAAAAUAAAAUACAAAGCUUUUGGACAGGAAUGACCAAAAAUGUGAAUGGUCAAUGGUUAUGGAAAGACAACAUUGCAGUGGAUUUUGUCAACUGGAAUGAGGAUGAGCCUUCAGAAUAUAACAAUGAAAAUUGUGUUGAAAUGUAUGCAUCAUCUGGUUACUGGAAUGAUGCUCAAUGUUCUUACAAAAGAGGAUAUAUUUGUAAAAAGUCAGAGAGUAUUCAAACAGGUUUGACGGACAAGCCACCAGAAAGGAAAGGAGAGAAAAAGGAUGAAGAGGUGUCUGGAUCACCGACCAGCAUCACUUGGCUUAUAAUAAUUUUGGUCAUUCUGAUUCUAGUAGGAUCUGGAUCUACAGCCUAUUUCUAUGUCAGGAAAAAAAAACGAAACCACUUCCCUAUUGUAACUAGACUGAGUGAUACAAAAGAAACUGUGGAUGAUCAGGAGCAAGAUGAGCCCACUGUUGCCUAAUAGAAUAAAAUAAUUGAAUAAUAUGUCUAAUUGUAUAACUGACAUAAAUGAAAUCUUAGGCCAACAUUGCUUUACCUUAUCAAAAUAGUUGUAUAUAUAAUGUAUAUAAAUAUAUUCUUUAGAGUCCUGUAAAUUUUUUAGGUUUACACAUUUAAAUGUCAAAUAAAACAUAUUUCUCAAGUGGGCAGGUGCAUAAAUUUCAGAAAUCCAAAAUGAACUACACAGCAAGGUGAGCUAGCAUUCAAGUAUUUCCAGGUUUUAAAGAAAUCUGAUCUCUCUUAAUUUGUAAAGGACAGCCCAUGCAUACAAACAGUGAGAAUGCCCUCUGCAAAGUACCCUGCCAACUUCAGCUCAAAGAACCAGCAAUUUCCUUUUAGCUUUUAGGACUGUAUAUCAGCUCUAUGUACAAAAAACUGUGAAUGAAAUCCUGACCCCAUUGAAGUCAAUGACAAAACUCCCAUUGGGAGUUAAUUGGGGUCAGGAUUUUGCCCUAUGCAGUUCUUUCAGUUACAAUAUUUUUGGGAUACCAUAUCUAUAUCUCUAGAGAAAAGUAAUACAGUAAUGUUGCCUUCAUGUUAAUUUUCCUUCACUCUUUUAGUUCAGCAUCAUCUGCAAUGUUCAAAGGAACAUUUCAGAAAUCUUAGCUUUACAAUUUAAGUUGUAUAUAAAUCAGAUUUUAAAAUCAUAUCAAAUUCAGCCAUGCGAAUUAAAAUAUUCAAUACAGAAAUAAAUGAGAGAAAGCAAAAUGUAUAUGUUCCUUCACUCAUGCUUUCAACUUGUGCUCUUUAAAAUGAGAUUGUGCAAUUUUCUAUAACUUUGCAUUUGUUUAACAGUCUGUGAAUGUGAAAAUGUUCCCAUGAACUUCAAAUUAACAAAGAAAAUUGUUAAGAAAAUAUUGUGUCCAUUAGACAAUAAUAUUUGGGAAUGGAGUUUAGAAUACUGAGAUGCCAUAUUUCUAUGAUCUAGCAAUGUAUUCAUUUGUGGCUUUGGCCUGGUUCAGGUCUCUAAAUUAGGGAAAUAAAAGAUUCACAAAUACUUUUUAAC